AUGUCUACAACACAACCGGCUACUCCUCGGACUUCCAAGUCACCGUCAAAACGCAAAUCGGUAGCGCAAUUGCUCACCUCUACAAAAGCCUUGCUCCAAUCGCUAACGGCUUGGGCAAACAAAACAGCUUCCGUUGGAGAUGUUUCCUCUAAGUUCGUACAGGUGGGCGAUGACUUUAAAGCUCUUCGAAGAUCAUAUGUGGCCGGUGGAGUAGACACCAGCGACAUCAAGGAUAUCCCCAACCUGCUCAGAAAAGUACUAGAAGAGUCUUUGAUCUUGGAACCAUCGCAAAAUACCCUGGAUUUGUUUUUGCCCAAAGUUGGACAGAUUGUGGCAGAGUUGAUGAAGACUUUGAAGGAAAAACAAAUAGAAGCACAGUCUGUUUCGGAGAAGCGCAGAUCUCAGGACCAACGAUCGGUCUCGAGUCCCGCACAAACUCCUGAAUCCACCGCCGGUCCUGCCCUGCCUCCACCCCCUCCAGAAUCUACCAACGAUGCAAUCAGUCGUCUUCAAAACAACCAUUCCCUAAUGAGAAAGGCCUCGAAACGGUUUUCGGCCUACCAAACGUCCAAGAUCUUGUCUAUGAAUGCAGUGAGUCCGCGUCAGUCUCCUGUCCCAAUUGAAAAACGGGUUUUAACUCCAGAGCCACCAAGUAGUCCGCUGCAGGCUGAGGUUUCCAAGAACAUUAAAAAAUCGGAGAUACACCAGCAACUGACUGCUCCGUCGAUAAGUGUUGAUGAAGCACCAAUUACAAACACAACGGUCUUUGUCAAACUUGGCGGACGGGUGAAGAAAACUGAAAUUUCUUUACCAACUACGCUGGCCCAGAUAAAAGACUUAUUUUCACAGACAUACGAAUACUCGCCAAAGGAUGAUUUUCCAACAAUAUAUAUACAACAACCAUCCUCCACCGUGGCUUACGAGCUGGAAGACUUGAGCGAUGUUGGGGAGUCUGUGGUUCUGUCCCUUUUCGAGCCAGACAUUACAUCCUCCCUAAUGAAAGAAAUGAAGUUGCAGACAGACUCUUUAAAGGAAGAGAUUUCGAAAUUGGAACAAAGUCUGGGCACCAGAAUCGGAAGCAUUCAGGCUGGUUCUUCACUCGCGCCAGAGACCAAAGCAGUUGCUCAUGGACCUUCUGCUGAUUUCAAGAACGAGCUUGAAAAUAUAAAGCUUGAUCUUUUGAAAGCUAGACAGAUCCAAAGAUCUCUGAAGAAAAGUAUGACUGCUUCCAUUGAAGAUGCGCUGGAGAUGGUGAGCGACUUCAAAAACGUCAGUUUGUCGCCAGAAGGUGUUAUCAGCAACCCAUACAUGGAGCACUGUAAGGCUAAGGUCAGUACCGAGUGUGAAGACCUAGUCACCAGAAUUGAUGAUCUCCAGGAUAUCAUCGAGGCUUUGAAAUUGGACAUCAGCAAACGAGGAAGCAAACCUUCUCCAAAACAGGUUCAACAUGUGCAAAAGGAGAUUCAGACAACAAAAUCGAACCUUGCUUCUUUAUUGCAGUAUAUGUCUGUGGAACGGAAGAACUGGAACACGAGAUGGCAGUCCGAGCUUACUGCUGUCUUAGAGGAACAGGAAUUUUUCAAAGAGCAGGAGACUAUUGUCCGUUUAUUGGAAGAAGAUCUGGGCUCUGCAGAUGAGACUUACGCCUUAAUUGUCAAAUGCGUUGAGGAGCUUGAGAAGAAUCCGAAGCUUGUUCGUACAGGCAGUUUAACUCUUCCUCUGCCAGAUCCCUCGUUGUCGAUGAACCAGGUGAGAGACGCCGUUAUGGAUGAGGUUCGUAAUUUGAGACCUAACCACGAUUCCAGAGUGGAGGCUAUAGUGAAAGCAGAGAAGGUGAGAGAGAAGGAGAGGGAGAUUUUGAACAACGAUCAGUUCGAGGAUGAACUAGGUGACUUUGUUGAGACGGAGAAGUUGAAAAAGAGUGGAGGAAUUGACGAGGUGGAGCGACUUUUUUCUCGGUUGACACUGAUAUUGAACCCAGGAAUUGGUUUACUGAUCAGUUCGCUGUAUUUUGUGAUUGUUUCUUUCUUGGUUGAUAGCACAAGAAAAUCGUCAGCUAAUCUGAUGACAUUCACGUCUUCAGACCCAAUUGAUUCAAGAUACUCCACCACCUUGUCAUAG